UGCGGAGUUAUGGCAAGCAUGAAAACGCUUCUUAAAUAGUUUAAUAGAUUCAUAUUUGUUGCCGGUUCUGCAAGAAAAUGCCAGUUUUUUGACAUAAAAUGACGUUCGCACAUUUGGUUAAAUUAGUAAACUAGCGAACUGUGAUCUUAACUUGUUCAGAUAAACUGACUCUAAUGUUUAAAUGUUAAAAAAUAAAUAAAUAAACUGAACAUAUUUCUCUGCAGCGGUUCUAUGCUCUUCAUUGUUGAUACCUUUUGAAAAUUGUUAGUUCCUUUUUUUCUUCGUGGAGGCAGGUUUGAGGCAGUUGCAAAGUAUGCAAAGUUGUAAACAGAGCGUGCAUUUUGAAUGACAAAUAUGCUUUGCUAUAAAUGAAACACGACACGAUGUGAUUUGGUUCAGUGAGAAGGCUUUGAUACGCUCAUGAGAUCACUGACUAAAAUCAGGAUGAAAAUCAUAUUGACUUUUCUUCUGAUCACGGCACUUAUUGACCAAGGUCAGUCAUGGAACAGCUAUGGAACAGACUUUAUUACAAUAUUCCCAGAAAACAUAGCCUACUACUACCCUCUUGAUCCAGUCAAUACUCUCAGUAUCACUGCUCUCUUUCCCAACACCAAGGUGGAAGUCUUCGUCUCAGAUGAUUUGACGUACUCGGACACACCGCCAGCAGGAAAGCCCGUAACUGUGACCCUGCCACUGGGUACCGAGCAAUACCUCCUGGGUUAUACUUAUCAGACUGUCAGAGUCACCAGCACAGGGCAGAUCGUUGUGCAAUCAAACAGCAAGAAAGGAAACAGUGUGCAAACUAAAGUUGUUCAGCCUGUGAAAAAUCAUGGUACGGUGUAUACCAUCCCCUCGCUGAAUUACAGCCAGAUGCUUAAUAAUUUUUAUCAGUCAGCGAGAAACGUCAGCAAGAGAUACAGCUCAUUCAGGCUGAUUAUUAUCAAUGGAGAUUACAGGACUACAAAUGUCACAGUUGUAAAACAGGCUAAAAACGAGACGUACACACUCUAUGCAUAUCAAGCUGUCCAGAUCCAGACCGACGGGACAGAAACUGCGGUUUGUUCUAAUCAUAGAGUGGCUGCGAUGCUGACCCAUCCUUGUGUAGAAAUGGAAAAUUGCGGAUGCAACAUGGUGCUGAACCAACUUUAUCCCAACAGUAUGCUGGAUAGCAGUUUCAUCGUGCCCUCGAUAGUCAACACCAGCAAUUUUUGGCUACAUGUGACGUCCUCUGUGAAAAACAAGGUCAGCGGCUGGGAUCUAGAGUUGACUACAGUGAAUGCCAAUUCCUCGGUACUCCUGCCUCUUCCAUCUCUGCAGUUUGAGUCCCAGUUCAUCAGGACAUCUUACCCUGCUUCCCUCCAGCUUUUCGCUCCAGGCAUCGUCACUGAACCCAUCUCACAAUACAUGUUCUCCGCGUGCUACCUAGCGCUUGUCAGCUCCACAGAUGCCACGGCCUUAAUCAUAGCAGAGACAAACUACAGGGAUAGUGUGUAUAUAGAUGGUGAUUUGCUUUUAUCUACAGCAUGGAGCGCCAUCGCUGAUUCGGUGUACUCAUCGGUGUCAGUGGCUCUUGACGACGUGCACGUCAUCUGGCAUCCGUCCACGAGAAUCGCCGUGUACGUGUUUGAGAGGAAAACGCAUGUGUAUGGAGGCCCAGCUAUACCUUUAAGCGAAAAUCAAGACACUUUUGGCUGUGCAAUAUAUCCUUCUAAGUUUGAAAUCGUCGUCACACCUCAAACCUGGCCUGAGUCACAUCAGUACUGUAUGCUCAUAAGUGAUGAGCUAUUCAGUCCCAGCAAUGAAGCGGCUCAUGUGGAGAUGGUCAACAUUCUGCUUAAUAACAGUAUGACCGAGAGGCUCUGGAUCAGCGUCCGUCGCAGUCUGCUGACGUUAGACUGGUACCGGCAGAAGGGUAACAGCUCACACAACUUGUACUACACACAGUGGGGAACCGGGGAGCCAGGAUUUGCUGUGGACGGCAUGUGUGUUUCAGUUUUCCUAAACCCAAGCAUGGAUUUCCAAUGGGAAACAGCACGCUGCUGUACUCUACUGAAGUCUAUCUGCUACACAAAAGCUCAUUACUUUCCUCUGUACUUUCCAAUCCCAGAUGAUUUGCCAACUGUUCAAAAUAUUCAAAGAUAGACUAUAACUGGCCAAUAAGGACAUGUUGACAGAAUUUAGUUUACGAUUUGUAGUUGUAUACAUCAAUAAAUUAUUGCUAAUAUGCAAACCUCAAUUAACUCUAAUGUUGUGUUCCAGUCAUUUUACAAAUAAAAACCCACACACACACACACACACACACACACACACACAUUGUAGUGUGUCCCUUCAAAAAUGACUGGCUUACAAAUAAUUGCUUACAAAUGUCUUUGUUUUGUUUGCUAUAUUGAGUUCAAUUCUUUAUUCAAGUAGUUGUCUUUCUCUUAACACAGGUUUUACAUUUUAAUUAUUUUAAUUUUUUGGAACAAAUUGAUCAUACUGUAUGCUUCAGCUUAUAAACCUUAGUGUUUAAGUGUUUGUUUCACAAAUAAUGUUUUUUUUGUCACUCAGUAUCUGAGGUGCAUAAAAUGUGUGCUAAGUAAGAGAAAAAACAAACUGACGUAAGACUGUCUUUACCUUGUUGUAAUAAUAUAGAUUAAUGAGACGUUUUCAAGCAGAUUUUUAACUAUUUUAUUCAUUUUUGACUGGUUUUCGGCACAACACAAGGGUUAAACCACUAAUCUAUAUGUAAUGAUUAUAAUAAUAGCUCUCUGUUAUAGAUCAGUGGUUAAAUGCAAAAUAGCUCUAGAUUAUGCUAGUAAAGAGGACAGAAUAAAAAUGCUAAACCACAUAUAGGCAGACGUGAAGUUGUUUUGUCACAAUUACAUAUUUUAUAAUAUUAAAUAUAAGUCUAAAUCUUGUUCACAAUGUUCACACUAUUUAUCUAUAAGUGUUAUAGAUAUUAUUUAUUUUCAGCACUUUAUAUUUCCAAAAUAUAAAUAUAUACUUUCAAAUAAAAAUCUAAAAAACCAUCUGUAUAUCAUUGUUCAGGUGUUUUUUUCCAAAUAAACUAACUUUU